GAAAAAGCCCGGGAAGAACAAAACUGGUCCAACAUCACAUAGAAACGGGUAACGCCCCACCUUGUAGACAACCUGCACGGCGAGUACCUGCACAUUACCAGAAGGAGCUUAACAGGUUAGUUGAUGAACUGUUAGAGAAAAAUGUCAUCAAACCAUCCGUAUCUCCAUGGGCUUCACCGGUAGUUUUAGUUAAGAAAUCGAAUGGGACACUCCGGUUGUGUGUAGAUUAUCACGACACUUUUGAUGCCUUAGAGGGGUCGAAUUGGUUUACCACUCUAGAUCUGGCAUCGGGAUAUUGGCAGGUUGAAGUACACCCAGAUGACAGGCAAAAGACAGCAUUCAUUGUACAAGCAGGCCUGUAUGAGUUUGAAACAAUGCCGUUUGGGUUAGUCAAUGCCCCAGCAACAUUCCAACGCCUCAUGCAAACGGUCUUGAGUGAUUGCAUACCAGGUAAGUGUUUGGUAUAUUUAGAUGAUGUUAUCAUACAUAGUAAGACGUUGACCGAACAUUUAAGUGAUAUUUCCGAAGUAUUAGAACGGAUGCAGACCGUUGGGUUAAAACUGAACCCAUCGAAAUGUCAAUUCUUCAGGAAAGAAGUGUGUUUCUUAGGUCACAUUGUUUCAGCCGAAGGCAUUAAAUGUGAUCCAGCAAAAGUUCAGGAAGUUAAAGACUGGCCGCUCCCAAACUCAGCCCCCGAGUUACAUAGUUUUUUAGGGUUAGCCUCGUAUUAUCGAC